CUUUACUCAAAUAUUUACUUUGUGUUGACGCAAAAUGUGGUGUUUGUAUUUUUCAGCUUUUAUUCAAACGUGAAUAUGACUGCAAAUCUUUCCAAUCUUCAAACUACAAAUCAUGUCGUUGUGGGUUGACAAGUACCGUCCAUUGUCACUAGAUAAACUGUCCUACCACCCCGAUACGUCCAAGCUGCUAUGUCAACUGGCAAACUCGGAUGAAUUUCCUCAUCUUCUUGUUUAUGGACCGUCCGGUGCUGGUAAAAAAACUAGAGUGACUGCCACUCUUAGACAACUCUUUGGUCCUGGCGUAGAGAAGCUUAAGAUUGAAACUAGACAAUUUGAAACACCUUCCAAUCGCAAGCUCGAGAUCAAUAUUGUUUCUAGCAACUAUCAUGUAGAAAUAACUCCCAGCGAUGUGGGCAUUUAUGACAGAAUCAUUGUUCAAGAGCUAAUCAAAGAAGUAGCGCAAACUCAGCAGCUGGAUUCAUCUGCAAAAAAACAAUUUAAAGUGGUGGUACUCAACGAGGCCGAUUCGCUUUCUCGAGAUGCUCAAGCUGGCCUUCGUCGAACCAUGGAAAAAUAUAUGGGAAACAUGCGCAUGAUUCUCUGUUGCAAUGUCACAUCCAAAAUUAUUUCUCCCAUUCGAUCUCGCUGUUUGCUCAUUAGAGUCGCUGCUCCGUCUUUUACAGAGAUUCAAACCGUUUUGCAAAAUGUAGCCAAGGAAGAGAAUUUCAAGCUUUCUUCUGAAUUUGCGCAACGAAUUGCGACUGAAUCUGAAGGAAACCUACGUAAAGCACUACUUGUGCUUGAGGCAGCAAAGGCACAGCAGUAUCCGUUUACAAACAAUCAAGUAUUGCCCAAAACAGAUUGGGAACAGCAUAUUCAUCAGAUUGCACACUUGAUUUUAAAUCAGCAAAACUCGAAAGCAUUGAUUGAGAUUAGAACCAAGCUAUAUCAACUUCUUUCAAACUGCAUUCCUGCUGAUGUUAUUUUAAAGACACUUGCAUUUGAACUACUUCAAAGUAUUGACGGUCAGCUUAAGCGGGAUAUCGUACAAUUUGCUGCAGAUUAUGAACAUCGUCUUCGACUUGGAAACAAGGCAAUUUUUCAUUUGGAGGCAUUUGUUUCCAAGUGCAUGGGCACAUAUGGACAAUAUCUGAUUGAGAUUGGCCAAUUCUGAUUUACGUAAACUAGACUUUUUGUAUUUAUCUUGAGUCUGAUCGCAAAUAAACAAUGGUUAAAUAGUC